GUAAUCUGACUCCCAGUGCACUCAGGGCUAUGCUCCUGGCUCUUAGAGCUCUGUCUUCACUGCACACCAUCCAGGGAAGGAAUGAGUGACAGACCAGCAGCAAGAAGCUGGGGUAAGUGUGGACGUCUGUGUAAGUGUGAGACCAUCAUGGUGGCAUUUAAAGGCGUCUGGACUCAGCCUUUCUGGAAAGCUGUUUCAGCAGAAUUUUUGGCCAUGCUAAUUUUUGUCCUCCUCAGCCUUGGCUCUACAAUCAACUGGGGUGGAUCUGAAAAGCCUCUGCCUGUAGACAUGGUCCUUAUCGCUCUCUGCUUUGGACUGAGCAUUGCAACCAUGGUGCAGUGCUUUGGACACAUCAGUGGUGGCCAUAUUAACCCUGCUGUGACUGUUGCUAUGGUCUGCACUAGGAAGAUCAGCCUUGCCAAGUCUGUCUUCUAUAUUGUUGCCCAAUGCCUGGGUGCCAUAGUGGGGGCAGGAAUUCUCUACCUUGUCACACCCCCAAGUUUGGUGGGAGGCUUGGGAGUUACUACGGUACACGGAGAUCUUUCCGCUGGCCAUGGACUCCUGGUGGAGUUGAUAAUUACAUUCCAGCUGGUUUUUACUAUUUUUGCCAGCUGUGAUUCAAAACGAAGCGAUGUCACUGGUUCAGUGGCUUUAGCAAUUGGAUUUUCUGUUGCAAUUGGACAUUUAUUUGCUAUCAACUACACUGGUGCCAGUAUGAAUCCUGCUCGAUCAUUUGGACCUGCUGUUAUCAUGGGGAAAUGGGAAAACCACUGGGUCUAUUGGGUGGGACCAAUAAUAGGAGCAGUCCUUGCAGGUGCCCUUUAUGAGUAUGUAUAUUGCCCAGAUACUGAGUUCAAGCGACAUUUUAAAGAUGUCUUCGGGAAGGCUACCCAUCAGUCUAAAGGGAAAUACGUGGAGGUGGAUGAUAGCAGGAGUCAAAUAGAGACUGACGACUUGAUCCUGAAGCCUGGCACGGUUCAUGUGAUUGACAUUGAGAGUGAAGACAAGAAGGGGAGUGAUCCAACCAAUGAGGUGCUAUCUUCUGUAUGACUAGCAAGGAGCACUGAAAGCAGAGAACGGCCUUCUAGAAUGUCCACAGAUAUCCUUCCACCCAUUAAAGAGACAGAUCUACUGUAAACCAGACACCUGCAAUAUCUGAAAAUGUAUGGAGAUGACAGCAGCUAUGUAGUUGCUUCACCAAGCUAUACACCUGCUCAGUUUGAUUACAAAUUUACUAUAUUUAAGAGUCCCCACAGAUUCUCCCAAAUUCAGAAAUGUCCUUUUUUGGGAGAGAGCAUUCCCAAAGUCAAUUUGAAAGAGCUGAUAGCAUUCCCUUUUUAAUAAGGCCAUCAAAAGCAAGAUGGAAAUAGAGAUGUUUAACAUUCAGAUUGACAGUUAAGACUUAUCUGCAAAUGCCUAUAGCAUGCAGACGUAUUUAUCAGAUUAUUCUUCUGACACUUAAUUGGCUGUUGUCAAUCCUGAUUAGAAUGUCUUAUCCAUUAAGUGUUCUUUGCAAGGUUCAGUGACAAUAAUGCCGAAGUACAGCAUGUAACAGAUUAAUCCAAAUUUAAGGUAGUAUUUUUUGUUCUUGUAUAUCCUAUCAUUUUUUCUUUACAAACUCUGAAAAAACUAUAUUUUCACAGGCAAAAAUUGGUUCCUGUCAGUCAUCCUACCAAUUUUCAUCCAUUACAUAUCCAUGUUCUGGUGUAAAAAAUACUGCCUUCCUCCCGUUCCCCACAACUAAAAAUAUUGAAGCCAAAGGCUCUAAUCUACUGCAAUAAUGCUGUAAAACCUUUGAAUGUAUUGUAUGCAGGUUAGCAUAGUUGUCCAUCUGGUGAAACAUUGUCUUGAGAUUCAGCUAUUGACCAUUUAGUAUUAGCUGACUAUAGGUCAUGCAGGGAACCUGAAGGCCCACAUGUUACUCAGUAACUCAAGCAAAAGGAAAUAAAUGUUCAGGUAUCAGAAGAAAGGAAGGUGUUGUCUGUUUUCAGUGCACUUAUUCAAACAAAUAUCACUGUGCUAAUUUAUAUAACUAAACAUUUAAAUUACUUACCCACUUUGCUGACAAUCUUAUUUUUAUUUAUUAGCAAAAUAAAGGUGGAUUUUUAAAAAACUUUUAACUAUAUUGAAGCACUGACUGGAAAAUAUUUGUAAUAACAGGUUAUAUUGAUAUGAUUGCUUUUGGUUUUGACAUUUUUUUGCAAACUGGUCUCUAGUUAGUUGAACAGCAUCAAUGAUUGUGGCACUGUUCAUAUAAUCUUAUUCUGUCAUUUCUGUGGCAAAGUUUUCUCUGUUAAUUAAAUUUGACAGUAAGAAAUGCAAGCAUGUGAUGCUUUUUAGAGAAACAGGGAAAGGGAUGUCCCAAUGAUAUUACAUGCAAAAGUGCUUAAGUGACCAAUCCUUCCUUUAUAGAAGUGUUUCAACAGAGGUAGCUAACCCAACAUAAAACCUUUAUAGAAUCUUUUUAAUUAGCUCAUGGCUUUGUUCCUAACUAGUUGCGUUGGAUUUUUUUGUUUGUUUGUUUGUUUUUUAGGGGUUUUUUUUGUGAUUUUGGCAAUAUGCUAUUACAGUGCUUGUUGGAACACCAUUUUCUGUCACCCUAGUUGUAUAGGUUGUAUCUAAAACUUGAAAUCCGUUCAUGAUUAUUUAACUACAGUAAAAAAAAAAGUGGAUUGUAUGUAAUAGACUUGUCUGUCCUUUGAUUUACAAUAUGUGCAAGUGUGUAACUCAUUAAAAUGAGUAAGGGGGUGUAUGUAUGUAUAUAUAGUAAUGGGAUAAUAGACCACUGCUAAGUUCAAAUCUGUGCAUCAUUGCAUAAGGGCAGGUAUAUCACCAGCUUAUUUCAACCAGUAGUCCAGGCAUUAUCAUGUUAUAUUCAUAUUCCUGAUCUCUUCCUCGCUUUGAUAGCCUCUAUCUCUGUAGGAAAGGGGGAUGUUUUUCAUGAAUUGUAUAUAUCUGAUACAAGUGACGCAUCAAAAUUCAAGAAUACAAACAUAAAUAAGAACAUGCAAGAUAAUUUCAAAUUGUAUUGAUGAAUGUUGUUAUGUGCUAAGGAUGAAAUCCAUCUCUGUGCGGAGAACAGUGCAAGAUCGCUACAUAUGCUUAUCAGAGAGAUUUUGCUAAACAUUUAAUAAAUGCAUGAUUUCAACAGGCUAACUAAAAGGGACAAGUUGUACAACAUUCGUGGACUGUUAGGUAGACUUUGUUUCUUGCAUUUCACUAUUUUAAGAAGCACAGUAUAUAGUGACUCAUCACUUGUGAAGUUUGUACAGCAUCACGUUCUGUGAUGUUCUUCAGCAUCACAAGGCUGUGGUUUUUGCACUCUAGACAAAAGCCAGAUUCUUUGGCUGAGGUGAGCAUGAAACCAGCCAAGUCAAUAUAGAGACUUUUUUUCCCCUUGUAACACUCUUUAUUAAUGGAGCGUGGCAAACACUCAGAGUCAGUCCCAGGAGAGCGCCUCACACAAGGAAAGAAGCAACCAUAAGAUACAGAAUGUUCAACAAAGAAGGGAAAAAAGGAGGCAGCCAAAACAAAUAGGACAAACUGAUAUAGAAUAUUGCCACCUGCUCUCUAUAGACUUAGGAAGGAAGAGUCAGAAAGUGAGACACAGUGGCUCUGCCUCUACUCCAUAUGAAUUAGAAUCAUUAACAAGUUUGCCAUUGACUGCAAUGGAAACAGGAUCAAGGCCUAAGUACGUUUUCAUUAAGUACAUUCUUAGGGCUUUCUCCUGUUCUCUGACACACAAUGCACUUCACUAGGGAUAGCUCAGUGGUUUGAGCAUUGGUCUGCUAAACCUAGGAUUAUGAGUUCAAUCCUUGAGGGGGCCAUUUAGGGAUUGGGGGCAAAAAUCUGUCUGGGGAUUGGUCCUACUUUGAACAGGGGGUUGGACUAGAUCAGGGGUCGGCAACCUUUCAGAAGUGGUGUGCCGAGUCUUCAUUUAUUCACUCUAAUUGAAAGUUUCGCGUGCCAGUAAUACAUUUUAACAUUUUUAGAGGGUCUCUUUCUAUAAGUCUAUAAUAUAUAACUAAACUAUUGUUGUAUGUAAAGUAAAUAAGUUUUUUUAAAUGUUUAAGAAGCUUCAUUUAAAAUUAAAUUAAAAUGCAGAGCCCCCCCCCCAGACUGGUGGCCAGGACCUGGGCAGUGUGAGUGCCACUGAAAAUCAGCUCGCAUGCCACCUUUGGCAUGCGAGCCAUAGGUUGCCUACCCCUGGACUAGAUGAUCUCCUGAGGUCCCUUCCAACCCUGAUAUUCUAUGAUCUGUUUUGCAAAAUCAGAGGUCAAGAGAGCCGUCAGGUAUGCUGUUUCAUUUUGAAAGUAGAUUCAUUGGAUUUGGGUUUUAUGACCCAACCCUAAAAUAAAUUCCAGCCGUACUCCUAUUUAUCAUCUGUUCUUCAGCACCACAAGGAGAGAUCACCAUUUAUCCAAGCCACAGUUUGAUCUCUCUAAGAAAUUGAUUUAGCCUGAUGUAUUGAUUUUUAUGUUGCUUCUAAAUUGUUUUAUGGUGGUAUCAUUAACAUACAAUAUUUGUGUUAAACAAUAUAGACUUACAUGAUCUUUUUAACUGUUUGUAUGUGUGAUUGCCUUAAUUUUUAAAACAUAUUUAUUUGUAUUUUAGUAUUCUUUCAUCGUCACUUAUGCUCUACAUUUUUUCAGCUAUUAGUUUGUUGCAGCUGGUAAUGUAACCAAUGACCUAUUAAGUGAUAUGUGGGAGGUUUAAAGCUUAAAACUUAUUUUGUUUAUGAUGGCAGACGGUCACUGUAAUAAAUACACCAGGUGCGUCAUCAUAAUCCCAGAAACUAGAGAUGGAGAAGACUUCUUGUAUCCGCUCUGUCAGUAUAGGAUUGUUUCUUACAGUAGAUGUACAUCAUGGCUACUGUGUUCAAAAUAUUUAUUUUUAACUACUGUAAACCAAAAGAAAAAGAUGAACAUUGAAGGUGGGGUGAACUUAAGCAAAUACUUUCAGUUUGCAAAUACUGAUAAGAAAAAUAAAUAGAUAAGUAAUCUAUCACCCAAACGAUUACUGAUCUCAGCAAAAAAUGUGAUUCCUGAAGCAUCUGAUAUAUUGUAAUUCUUACCCCAUUGAAGUACUAGAAGCUGUAUCAUUGACUACGAUGGGAGUAGGAGUAGGCCAAAAGUCUCGUAUCGCAUGCUGUGCGUAUAUCUGGUAUAUAUGUUAGUACACAAACUUGCUGCAAUAUAUUUUGUUUCUGGUUAUCAGUACUCUGCUACAGCAGCUAGUUAAAAACAUCCUUUAAAAUAAUCUUACAUAUUUCCAUCUUUUAAAUGUUUGGUUACAAAGAUGUAACAUUUGUGCUUUGCAAUGUUUAGUCUGCAGCUUAUGAAAAUGUAUGCCAGAUAUUCUACACUCGACAAUGUUGACUAUAUAAGAGAAAUUACAAUCUGGAUAUUUUAUUCUAAGAUCAGAGAUGCAAACUAGUUAUCAAAUUUAUAUAACUCACCAUCAAGGCGUGUGCAUCUGAGUUGUGCAAGGACUCAUUAAAUAAACAGGCAUGAAAAUAUAUACUCAAGUAUUUAUUAUUCUCUUGUAUGAACCAAGUCAUAAUUGUACAAGUUACUGUAAUUCAGGAUAAAUUGUGUAAAACAAACUGAAUACAGGGAUGUUUCCACAAAGUUAUGUAUUAUUGAAACAUUAGUCACCACAAUAUCAAAGCUAAUGUAGUAGUAUUUUAAACUUCCAAAAUGUAACAUUUGGAAUAAUCUACUUAAAUAUAUGCUAUAAAAUAAAUAGGUGCUUGUCUGGUGCAUUUCCCUUCAUUGCUGUAUCUCAUAGUGUUGAGCUAUUGUAAAUAAACUAUUGUCUGUUUAAAAAAA